GUCGUAUUAAAAUAGCCGAACGCUACGCGUGAGUAGAGACGAUAUAAAAGUGUCGAGAUUUUUAUCAGUGCAAAUAAAUUAAGGCAAUUCAAUAGUUUUUCGGUUUUACCUGAAGACUUGAGAAAAAGUGGAAGUGUUGUUUUUUAAAAAAUAAAAAAAAACAUUUAGCUGAUAACAUGUGGAUGUUUCUAAUAAUCUGGACAGUGGUGGUGCUUUUCUCUAUAAAGUUAUUCAACAAACUAUCCACAGGGAAAUGUUACGCGGACACGGUCAUGAGUGGCAAAGUGGUAGUGGUCACCGGUGCUAGCGGUGGUAUUGGCUUCGAAACAGCUUUGGAAUUAGCUAGGAGGGGGGCGAAGCUGAUCAUAGCUUGUCGAAACAACGAAAAAGGCGAGAAAGCUGUCCGAAGAAUAAUAAGAAGAACCAACAACAAAAGGGUACGCUUCAUACAUUUAGAUUUGACCUCGCUGGAGUCAGUCCGAAAGUUUGUUGCAGCAUUAGAAGAAUCCGAAGCGAAAUUGGACGUGUUAAUCAACAAUGCUGGAGCUAUUUGUACGACGAGAGAAAAAACCGAAGACGGCAUUCUUAAAGAUUUGCAAAUAAAUUAUUAUGGACCGUUCUUGUUGACAGUGCUACUGAUACCGAUGCUUAAAAAGGCGGCGCCGAGUCGCGUAGUCGUGGUCUCAUCUUCGUGGCACAAGUUCGGGACCGUGGAGAACAUUAACAGUGAGAAAUAUGGAUACAUCCAAUCGUAUGCCAACAGCAAAUUGUAUAAUGUAAUAUUCAGCAAAGAAUUAGCAAGACGGUUGUACGGAACCGGCGUGGAUGUAAAUUCUUUAAAUCCAGGGCAAGUGAACACGUCUCUGUACAGGAGUUCCACAUUUUUGGAAAAGAUCCGAAGUCUCAUGUUGUACUCGUUUUUCAAGACGCCCGAAGAAGGGGCCCAGACGUCCGUUUAUUUGGCAGUAUCGUACGAAUGCGAUCAGAUGACUGGCAAGUAUUUCGAGGAUUGCCAAGAGGCGAGGGCGUCUUACAAGGCCGAGGACGAAGUUGCCGCCGCAAAGUUGUGGGAGGUAUCGCAGGAAUUGGUCAAACUGACGCCGGACGAGAUAAAAAGAUGUUUGGGCUAGAUUACAUAAUAUAGUUUUAUAUUGAAGGUUUAAUGGUUUUUGUUAAAUAAUUUGUAAUAACUUCCCGAUAACAUUGCGUAAAUGACACGAGAUGAGGUCUGUGGUCUCAUGCACGAUAUAUAUGGGCCGCAGUAUGAUGUUACGAAUAUAAUAAUUUAGUGUAGGUACACUUUUUUCAAACUAUAGGCUGUCAUGGUGAUGUCUAUACGGCGCAGCCUUGCUUUAUAACUUUUCAAAAUUGGUCUCAGGUCUUCUCUGCUGGCAAGCUUCGGCCAUGGCUAGUUAGCACACUAUCGGCAAAAGGCUAAAGACUUUAUUUUUGAUGCCACAUAUAAAACUUUAUGGUGAAAUGGCAUGACUUGUCAACGACUUAUGAACUAAAGAAUUUUUGUCUUGAAGAAUGUUAAUAAUUCUGGAAGAAGGCCUCGAAAAGGAAUAGAACAUGUUCAAGCAUUCUCCCGUGUAUUAUUUUUAACUUAUGUGCUAGGGUUAGAUUAUUUAUAGGCACACUCAAAACAGGAUCUAGCAAUAUUCACUGCAACAACGAAUAUUAGUUUUGCAAAGAAACACAUUAGUGUCAAUGAUAAACACUCUUAGCGAUUAGCUGUACAAGUAAGAUGAUGUAGACAAAAUACUUUUUUUUUUAAUUCAACAUCCCUAAAUGGAAAAAAAACAACAGAUUCUACUGAGUUGAACUGAUGAAUCUCUGGAGUAGCACUAUAAAAACAAAUGCAUUAAUUGGUUGCAUUUGGUAUCUUACUUACAAUGUGUUAAAAAACUGACAGAUUUUACAGUGGACUUAAUUUGACUUCAAAAAAAUUGUUGCAAUGGGGAUGAUGACAAGGUUUGAAAUUAUUGAUUUUAAUGAUACAUUCGGGUAGAUAAGAUCAAUGUUAACUAAUUUAUACAUAAAAAGCAAAGAUUGACUGGAUAUUUACAAAA